AUGGCAUCCACCACCUUCUUCGCUGCCUCCUACAAGCCCCAGGUCCUCUCCCGCCAGGAGGGCUUCCACCUCCCGUCCCCCGCUCCCUCCAACGGCAACCCCCCCUCGCCCCCCUCCUCCAACGGCACCCCCGUCAACAACGGCAGCGCACCCAGCGCCGCGAACAACUUUGACCCGACAGGGCUCUUCCUCUCGCCCUUCCUCAACGUCCACGACACCUUCCGCAAGUUCCCCACAGCAGCCGACACCGCCGCCACCAUGGACUUUGGCGACGAGCUCGCGAGCCUCAUCGGCAGCGACCACGCCCACGGCCAGAGCAACGAGCGCUCCACCCAGAACGGCAACGGCAAUGCGCACACGAACGGCAACGCGAACGGGUACGACGACUACCGCUCCACGACGCACAACAUCUUCGACAUCUCCGCACCCACUUCGCACCAUCACCAUCACCAACACCACCACUCCUCUUCGACCUCGCAGCAGCAGCAGCAGCAACCACACUCACCAUUCGGCCAGAACGCAUUCUCGCUCCCGCCCGCAUCGGCGUUGCACACCAACGGCGCACUGCACUCGCCCAGCUCCCUCGGCCACGACUUCUCGACGCACUUCAACAGCACCGUCCCCGCCAUCGGCUCCAGCAUGCGUUACGAGCCACCACCCGCGCCCUUCGGCAUGCCGAACCACCCGGGGGGACAGGGCGCCGAGCCCAGCAGCGUAUCGAGCUUCAACUCCCACCUCUCCUCCCUCUCAGGCAUCUCGAGCUUCAGCGGCAUGACCACGACGUCCCCCUCCGCCGACCUCCUCGCGCACCACGCACCACACGGGCAGCAGCGCCAAACCCCCUCGCCCGUCUCGCCCAGCGCGCCCGAAUUCGAGUUCUCGCGCAGCCGGUCGCGGAGCACGACGCGCAAUAUGGGCGCGGUGGACCCGAACCCGAGCACGAAUGGCGGGCCUGCGCGCAGGACGCGCGCGAAGAGGGGGAGCGUGAGCAGUGUGAGCCCGCCGCCGUUGCAUCGGGGGCAUACGCAGCCGUUGGUGAUCCCCGGCGCGGGGAUGGGACGGGGCCCGGCGAGCCCGCUGAGCUUGCAUAGUUCGGGAUGGUUUGGAGGUGCGGGCGAGUUUAGCUUGCCGACGCCGGAUAGUGUACAUGGCGGCUUCAGCGCGUUUGGAGGCGGCAGCAUGGGCAGUGUGGGAUUGGGCGUGAGCCCGAAGGAUAUGGGUAUGGGCGCGAUGAUGGGCGGCGCAAAGGGCGGGGAGAGCCCGCCGGGCGAUAUGGCUACCAAGCAGGCGAUAAUUGCGAAUGAGAAGCGGCGCCGUCGGCGCGAGUCGCAUAAUGCGGUCGAGAGACGGCGGCGGGAUAACAUCAACGAGAAGAUCAGCGAGCUCGCGACGCUCAUACCCGAGUGUUUGCUCGAUCCGAGUGCCACGCUGACGAUGCCGACGUCGCUCGCGUCUGCGACGGGCGAGGACCUGCUGUUCGGGACUGCGGGCGUGGACAAGGAGAAGAAGGAGAAGAAGGACGAGAAGGAGAAGAAGGAGGAGGAUGAGAGCGCGGAGCCGGAGGAGAAGGAUAAGGAUGGUGGUGCGAAUGCGGGCGAGCAGGGGGGCGUCGUCAAGGCGAACAAGGGGAUGAUCCUGCGGAAGAGCGUGGAGUACAUUCGGUACCUCCAGCAGCUCGUGUCGGCGCAGGCGUCGCGGAACCGCGAUCUCGAGCAGCAGCUGCAGGUGUUCCGCGGGAAGGACGGCGUGGGCGCGGGGGAGUGCGACGAGGAGGGGAGGCUGGUGCUGCACGAGGAGGUCGGGGACUUUCUUGGGUUCGCGUCUGCGGCGCAGGCGCAGGUGUCGAUGCUGCAGAAUGGGAGAAGGAAGAAGAGCUUUACGGAGUUGGAGAGCGUGGAGGAGGAUAUGGAUACGGAGAUGAUGGAGGAUGGGGAUAUGGAUGGGGAUGGGGAGAAGAGCCCGAGUGUUAGUGAGGAUGGGGAGGAGGGGGAGGAGGAGGAGAGGGGGCGGAAGGGGAGGGAUGGGAGGCCUGUGGGUGUCGGCGUCGGUGCUGUGUCGAUGAAGAAGGAGGUUAGCGUGAAGGAGGAGGCGGAUGCGAAGAUGGAGACGUCGUGA